AUGCAGGGUUUUAGUGUGAAUUAUAGCGACCCUUAUGAGAGAUUGUGUUCUAAGUGCAGUGGAUUGGGCGGGCAAUGCGGGUUUGAUUCGGUCUUGGGUCGACCCCUUUGUAUCUGUGGCAAUAGACCUUGUCCUUUUGCUUUGACACUUCUCCCGGAAGGGAUGGUCCGAACGCUACACGGCCUUUUGCAGGAUCUACAAAGGUGCUUUCUGAUCUGCACAAGGGUGUCACUUGGUAUUGCUGGUUUAGUUAUAUCAUCCAUCAUCAUUUUCUACAUCAGAAAACAAUUUAAACUGCAGGAGGCUGACCAAAAAAGUCAAAACAUCGACAAGUUUCUACUCAGCCAUGGAUCUCUGGCUCCAAAGAGAUAUAACUACAGGGAAAUCAAGAAAAUAACUAAUUCCUUUGCAGAAAAGCUGGGGAAAGGAGGAUAUGGCAUUGUAUACAAAGGUAAGUUACCCGAUGGCCAGCUUGUUGCGGUUAAGGUCUUAACUGAGACUGAUAACAACACGGAAGAAUUCAUUAAUGAAGUUGCCAGUAUCAGUAGAACCUCCCAUGUAAACAUUGUCAAUCUACUGGGAUUUUGCUAUGACAGAGAGAAAAGAGUGUUAGUCUAUGAAUAUAUGCCAAACAAAUCAUUGGACAAGUUCAUCUGUAAGAGUGGAUCAACUGAUCCAGGCUGUCAGUUGGAUUGGGAAACAUUGUAUGGAAUUGCAGUAGGCGUUGCCCGAGGUCUUGAGUAUCUACACAGAGGUUGCAACACAAGGAUUGUUCAUUUUGACAUCAAGCCUCAGAACAUUCUUUUGGACGAAGAAUUUUGCCCGAAAAUAUCUGACUUUGGGCUUGCUAAAUUGUUCAAGAAGCAGCAGAGUAUAAUAUCAAUGCUUGGGGCAAGAGGGACUGUUGGAUACAUAGCUCCCGAAGUUUUCUCGAGAAACUUUGGAGCAGUUUCUCACAAGUCCGAUGUGUAUAGUUUUGGAAUGAUGCUUCUUGAAAUGGCUGGAGCAAGAAAAAAUGAUAUUGAGGCAAUUGAAUCAAGCGAAGAUUAUUUUCUUGAGAAAAUUUACCGACACAUUGUACUCAAGAAUGAAAAAUUAGAUGGUCUCAUGACUGAAGAGCAAGAAGAAAGUGCAAGGAAAAUGUUUUUGGUAGGGGUUUGGUGCAUUCAGACUGCUCCAUCAGACAGGCCACCAAUGACUAAGGUUGUGGAGAUGUUAGAAGGAAGUCUUGAGUCUAUACAAAUUCCCCCUAAGCCAUUCCUCUAUUCUCCCAACUUGUCAGGACCACAAUUUUCCUCUUCAGUUUCUGUAGAUGCAGACGCAGAAAUAUCAACGGAAGAAAGAGGCAUUUACUUACAGAAGAUGACUGGAAGGCAGAUUCGGUAAUAUCUUUUUGGACCAGUUGGGGAUGUUUCAGAAAGAACAGCACAAAACUUGCUCUGUAAUAACUCAUCUGUAUCUUAAUCACUUCCUACAGCCAAUGUAUCAUCAAACUUAAAACUGUUUUUAAUCUGGGCCCAGAGAAGCUGCAGCAUUUUCUGAAAUUGGUUCUAUGGAAGCUGUGCUCAGUAGCUGGAUCUUGACAUCAGACGGCACCCUGUAUCCUGGCGGCUGCCCAUUACUGGUCUAUACUCGGUCUAGUUCUUGAGGACAGCCAGAGGAAAUCAGGAUGCCGGAGAACCGAAUCUUUGUUCUCAAGAAAACUCAACAGGCUCUUGACCUCACUCUCCGCUGGUGAUCAUAGUGAUUAUUCUUUGUUUGAGAAAUUUCAGACUGAAUGGGCAACAACUGAUUAUCAGAAAUAUAAGUCAGCCUGCUGGGUACCCUGCUGCAUUAUUU